ACAAAACAAAAGUUUCGUAAAUUUUUACCGAAAAAAAAAAAAUAAAUAAAUACUAGUCAUGGAGUACGGAAAUGGUAACGGCACCAACUACCAAUCGAUGCAGGGCUAUGGCAUGUCCAUUCCCGAUGGCCAGCCCCCGGAGGGCUACGGCAUGAGCUUCGAGGGCAUGGGCCAGAUGUCGGGACAAGGCCAGGAGUAUGUCCAGUCCAAUGGCUAUGGACAGGAGGAGUCCCGCGGCCAGCCAGGCAGCGCUGCCUUUGGUGGACCCGGCUAUCGCAGUCCCCUGCGAUACAAUAAGAUGCUCAAAGAGAUGAACUCUCGCAAUGGUCUUUAUUCUCCCAUGGAACAACAGCGUGGCGGCCAAAGCAGUGGACAAGGCGACUACGGUUACAACUCUUUGCCUGGUCUGGGCGGUAACGAGUCCCAAGGCUACCACCAUCAGUCCCAAGGAAAUGGCAAUACGUACUUUUAAAAAAAAGAAACUAGAACUGGCGUGCUUUUAUACAAGUCUUUGGAAAUUGUAUUCGAUAUUUUGGUUAUUAACAAUUAAAUAAUGCAUCUAAAUAGAA